AUGGAAGCAAUGUGGAGACCCAAGAAAUACAAAUAUGCUUACGCCUGUGCCGUGCUUUAUACCUAUUUGUUAACUAUUCCCGACUCUGUUGCUGUCUACUGGGCAUACGGCGACAUUCUUCUUCAUAGAUCCAAUGCCUUUGGGGUGCUUCCUCCAUCAAAAAUGAAAAAUGCUUGCAUUAUUUCUAUGAUUUUGCACCAGUAUGUUGCAUUCCUAUUGAAUGUGAACCCUUUAUUUCUAGCAUGGGAAAAGCUAACCGGUGUUCACUUGAAGAAGUUUGCAUUGAGAGCACUGGUGAGGGUGCCCGUCGUGCUGAUACAAUCAGAAACGGAACAAGCCUGCAGGCGUGUGAUGUUCUUCCUGAGCGCAUUCAUAGCAGUUUGGGUUUUCAUUUUUGGAUUUGGUUUUGGUGGUUGGGCGAGCAUGACCAAAUUUGUGCAGCAGAUUCAGUCAUUUGGUUUCUUUGACAAAUGUUACCAAUGUCCCACAAAGCAUUAUGUGACAUAG